AUGAGGCCUGAAAAAUCGCUUCCGUACUCGGAUGAGUUCAGCUCGGCCGAUGAGUACGUCGAAGCCCUGCUGCACUAUGUCACCACUACACCCAUCUUCCAGACGCUGUGUGGAGGCGUGCAUAUUAUGGACUUUUACACAACCGAUCCGGGCCUGUUCUACAGUGUCGUGCCGGCCGAUUGGCAGCCCUUUUUGCUCGACCAAGAGCCCAUGGAGCUGCUCGGCUUCUUACUACAGGACGACAUGGAUGCUGUGAUGACAGCGGGAGCCGACGACAAAGACAGCAAGCGCGUGCCACCACCAGAUAGCCUCGUCAAGUAUGUGCGGGAUGUGCGGCGACUGUGUCUGCAGCGGUCCUUUGAGCUCGACAAGCCGCCGCCGUUGGCCCGCAAAAUCACCAUGGGCAUGAACGUCAAAAAGGUGCACGAGGUCACGCACUUCGCCGAGUUUGUCAGCCGGUUGUCCGACGACGUGUCCACCACGCACCCCGACCAGCCCAUCACCCACCUUGUCGACGUUGGCAGCGGCCAGAACUAUCUCGGCCGCGCCCUGGCCUGUGCGCCAUACCACCGCCGCGUUGUCGCUGUCGAGAGCAAGAUCCACAACAUUGCCGGCGCCAAGGGCCUCGACAUGCUGACUGGCGUCGCCGUUCCGGCCCAGCGGCCCAUGCGCAACAAGAAGCUGUACCAGCAGCUACUCAACAACCAGCUGCCACCCGAGAAGCAAAACGAAAAGGUCCGCAACCGGCUGGUCCGGACGCAGACGCCGGAUGUCACUGCACAGCCUGAAAUUGUGGCGGCCACGGAGCUGCGGUCGCGCAGAGAAUUGGCCCAAAGUGCCAUCUACAGCGAGUCUGCUGCUGCUGCGGCGGCGCCAGAGGAGGUCGCCACGCCUGCCGACAGUCCCAUCCUAUACGUGCAGGGCCGGCUAGAAAACGGUGAUUUGUCGGACGUGUUGGCCCAGGUGCCAGUUCUGCCGACCUCACAAUCCGGAGAAGGAGCUGCUGUGAUGCAAAAACCCGGCUUUCUGGCCGUGUCCAUCCACUCGUGUGGUAAUCUCUCCCAUUACGGCCUGCGGGCGCUGGUGCUGAAUCCGGCUGUGCGCGCUGUGGCCAUUGUCGGCUGCUGCUACAACCUUAUGACGGAGAAGUUGGGCCCGCCGACAUACAAGCUGCCUGGCCUGCGACGGCCAACACUGCAGCCGGUCAACGGGCGUGUUGUGCGCGAGGCCGACCGCCGCGACCCCGAGGGCUUUCCCAUGAGCGCGCACAUGUCGACAUAUGAGCUGCCUGGUGACGGCUCCGACAACAACACCGGCGAACGUGGUAUUCGUUUCAACAUCACGGCGCGCAUGAUGGCAUGUCAGGCGCCACAAAACUGGACCGCAUCCGAGAGCGAGAACUUCUUCGCCCGUCAUUUCUACAGGGCCGUCCUGCAGCGCAUCUUUCUGGACCGGGGGGUGGUUGAACGGGUGCGGCUGGAUGGCGGUGAGAACGAGACAGAAAACGACGCCCUCAACACGGCCAUCAGUCCCAUCAUCGUCGGCUCUCUGCGCAAGGCCUGCUAUGCAUCGCUGCCAGCAUACGUACGCGGAGCCGUGGCCAAAAUUGCGGCGCAGGGCAAUGGCGACGGCAAGGCGACGGAUGCACAGAAUGCAGCUGUCAACGCGGCCGUGGCCGACAAGAUGGCCUCUCUGACGGACGCCGACCUGGACGCGUAUGCAUCGCGCUAUGGCCCACGCAUCCGCGAGCUGAGCGCUGUAUGGUCGCUGAUGGCCUUUAGCGCAGGCGUGGUCGAGUCGGCCAUCGUGACGGAUCGCUGGUUGUAUCUGCGCGAACAGCAAGCCCAAGGUGUCGCCGACUGCUGGGUGGAGAGCGUGUUUGCGUACGGACAGAGCCCACGGAACCUGGUCGUGGUAGGCAUCAAGCGAUAG